CAGAGGCGGUGGCCGUAUCUUGGAUUCGUGGGCUCAGAUCCCAAAGAGAGGGGGGUAUAUGAAAGUGCGCGUGAGCUGUCUUGGGCGCCUGGUCCAGUUUGCCCGGCCGAGGCUUCUUAGUAUCUAUGGGUUGGUUUUGGAGAGAAAUGGGCGCCGGUCGACCCCGUUUCCAACUCAUAGCACGAGACGCCCUGGGCUCGUUGGCACCAUCGGUACGUAGGCGCCGUACGAUGUACACUGCUUAGUAGUGGCACCGGGAUGGGGAUGCCCUCAUGCAUGGUACCCGUCGCCUAGCAUGGAUCCUGAUCCUGCAUGACCGUGCAUACGCCGGCGCCUCCCGGACCGCGAUGGAGCCAUCCAUCCAUGACCGGGCUGGAUGCAUGGUAAGGAGGCAAGCUUAGUUGUUGACACAGGGGUAAGCGGCUGGCCCAGUUGUUUUGCCCGCCUACCGCGGCGUCGACCCGAGCUUGUUUGCAUUCCAGGCUGCCAUACGAAGAAGUCCUGUGCUAUGCAGUGAUGGCGUUGAGACAGGACGUACAGUUGAACUGUUUUAUUCGUGCUACACCGAGCUUCCCAGCGUCUUCCUGCGAGGUUGCGCCAACACCAUCGCAGCCUGUGCCAGUUUUAGGACUUGCGAUUUGCGUGUUGGCCUCGCAUUCAGAAGACACAGAGUCACCGCAGAAUGUCGCGCCACGCAACGUCCUCGUUGAUGAUGCUGCUUUUUCUGUGUGUCCUCUUUGCGACACUGGUGCGCGGCUUUCCACGGUCACAGAUCAGCCAACAGCAACAGUCGCAGAGAAUUCGCGAUUCCAUCCGGUCACCCCUGGGAUGGAAACGCACUACGCGUGCCGAGACAGACACCGUCGUUCAUUUGCAAAUCGGCCUGAAGCAUGACGGCUUCAAAGAACUAGAACGGAGACUGUACGAAUUAUCCAGUCCAUCCCAUAGAUCCUACGGUCACCACCUUUCCGGAUCCGAUGUGGCACAGUUGCUCAAGCCGUCCGCCGAGACAGUCCGGAAGGCAGAAGACUGGCUCAUUGAACACGGCAUCACUCGAUAUGACAUGACGCCCGGCAGGGAUUGGAUCCGGGCUUCGGUUCCCGUCCGGACGGCCGAGACUCUCCUAGACGCCGAGUUUUACCACUUUGAAAGCGACAGCGACGGGGACGUGCUGGUGCGCACCCUGGAAUGGUCCCUACCGGAACACCUGCGCGGCCAUAUCGACGUCGUGCAGCCGACCAACUCGUUCCUCCGCAGCGUACCCCAGGACCGACACGGCGGCAUCCCGAGGCCCGCCUGGGAGGUCGAGGGGCGGGUUCCGACGUACGAGGAGCUCGUCGAGGAGGACCUUGUGGAGCGUGGCCACCUCGACAUCCCCGCGCUCGCGGACCUGCCGCCGAAGCCGACUGUGGCGGACGCCUGCAACCGGCUGGCCGUCUCGUCGCUGUGUCUACGGGUGCUGUACGGGACGCUCGACUACGAAGUGCAGCAGCCCGUCGACGCCAACGCGACGAACAAAGUGGGCGUCGUCAACUUUCUCGGCCACAACAACAACCGCUCCGACAUCGCGCAGUACCUCGAGCUGUACCGGCCGGACGCGGCGGCAGCGGGCGCGGCGACCUCCUUCGAGACGGUGCUGGUGGCCGGGGCGGUGGACCAGCAGACACCCAACACGCCCGAGCAGAUGAGCCGGGCGAUGGGUCUCGAAGGCGCGCUGGACGUCGAGACGUUGCUGGGCGUCGCGCACCCUGUGCCCGUGGUCGCGUGGAACGUGGGCGGGCGGCCGCCGUUCCAACCUAGCUCGAACAAGGCCCAGAACUCCAACGAGCCGUACCUCGAGUGGCUGCACCACCUGGCGGCGCUCGACGAUGCGGCACUCCCGCGCGUCGUGUCCGUGUCGUACGCCGACGAGGAGCAGACGGUGCCGCCGCGCUAUGCCGCCCGCGUCUGCGAGGCCUUCGCCCAGCUCGGCGCACGCGGCGUCAGCGUCAUCGUCGCCUCGGGCGAUGAGGGCGUUGGCAAGGAAGGCAAGUGUGUCUCAAACGACGGCGCGGACACCCCGAGGUUCAUGCCGGCCUUCCCCGCCUCUUGCCCCUACGUCACGGCCGUCGGGGGCACGCGGCACUUUGACCCCGUCAUGGCCGGGUUCGACGCGCGGGGCGGAUUCAGCACGGGCGGCGGCUUUAGUAACUACUUCCCCCGGCCCCGCUACCAGGAGCCGGCCGUUGCGGCCUACGUCGCCGGCCUGAACACCACACACGGCGACCUAUACAACCCCCAGGGUCGGGGAAUCCCCGACGUCGCCGCCAUGGCCUACCACUUCCCCGUUGUGUGGAACGGCACUUCACACCUGCUCGAUGGCACGAGCGCGUCAGCGCCGACCUUCGCUGCCGUCAUUGCCCUCAUCAACGACGCGCUGCUGGCCGAGGGACGGCCGUCCUUGGGCUUCCUGAACCCCUGGCUCUACAGCUCAGCCCUCCCUGGCCUGCGCGAUGUCACCAUCGGCUCGAACCGCGGCUGCGGUACCAUGGGAUUCCCGGCCGUGGAGGGCUGGGAUGCCGCCACUGGGCUCGGCACGCCGUGGUUUCCGGUGCUCAAGCACUUGGCGCUCCGGGAUGCUUUUCGAUGGGACCAUCCUUGGUAUGUAGCGGAUUUGGCAUGACGGGCAAAAACACUAAUCAGACGGCUCUUCCUCAUCGGAUUGCCCCCUGAAAUGUGGUUAGAACCAUGUGUAUCCAUCCUGUAUCAAUACAACAAGACAGACCAAAGAAUGAAUGCGGGGAGAACUAGAAACACCUAACCUUUUGUCUUGGCAACUUCAACCCACCCGCUAACCACUGCUGGUUGGCCGUUCAGGCUGGCUACGGGACUUUUGAUUUGAUCCGUCACCAAAGCUGAGACUCUUCGCUGCCAAGCUGAAUGCAUCAUGUCCUAUCGUGGUCCAGUGGCUGCGGGAAGCCGAGAGGUAAUUCG